AUGUUUAAAUUCAUUUGAAAAGUUGUAAAUGAGAUAAUAAAUAUUAUUUUAAAAGUCAUUACGACUCACGUAUGUCGUUCUUCAUGUAGCCAGCGGUUGCUUUGAACGCUGUCUUGUUCGAACAUGUUAAAUUUUCAUGAGCGGUCUUAAUUCAAACAUUUUCGAGAUCAUAUGUAGUAAACAAGAUUUACUUCUAGUCUAAAGUAAAAAAAUACCGAUAAUAAUCUCCUAAAGUCUCAGUUUAUCUGUUUUCCGCUACCUUAAAACAAGAGGAUUAAAGAGAGACUAUUAAUGACUUCAUUAAAGUGCCAAAGCAGUAAAUCCAGCAACACAAUGUAUGGUAUGGAUUUACAUGUAGAUCCGUGAUGUGUGGGAAAGAAUAGUGCUUGAGAGGGAAACAAUAAAAGUUAGAGGAUGAAGAAUCUGAACGGACCAUCAAGGGCCAGGUACCGCCUAAGCCCAAAUGAAGUUGAACAACUCAGAAGGGAAGAAACUGAUCGACGAAGAAAACUACGUAUAAUACAGGUGCGUGAGCAGGCAAAGUCAGCAGCAGCCAAAAUUAGGAAUGAUGUCAAACAAGAAAGAGAACGUCAGCUGCUGAAGCUUGCAAAGCAGGUGGAGGAGGAGCUACAGAAUGAAAAGCAAGAAGAGGUGAUGAGACUAGAAAAACAGUAUGAGAAUACUCUGCGUACUGUUGGGCAAGCUCACUUGCGGGCUAAAGUCACUGACAAGAGUAUCUGCCACUUGCAACAGCACCAGGUGGCUCUGGAGAACAAGCAGAAAGCAGAUCUUCGUCAUCAAGAGGCCUUGCGAAAAUUGGCUGUGGACAAAGCUUACAAGGAGUACGAAGACACCAAGAAUAUCCGAAACAGACAUUCUGCACUAGAACAAGAAAAGAAGCGAGCAGCAGAAAUGGCUGCUCGCCCACCGCCUGCACCAGAUGUGGUGUCAGAGGUCAUGGGAGAAACACGCAAACCUAGUAAACCAAUUCCACUGACUGACUUGAAUGCAUUUUCUGCCACCCACUACCAUAUUCCAGAGUUUGCUGUAGAAAGGGCUCCUCAAGAACAACAGCACGAUGGGAAAUUGGCGGGAGAAGGAGAAGAUGGGAGGGUGAGAGAAGAACUGGAAGAAAAAGCAAAGAGGGAGCAUGACCAAAUGAUCCGUGCACGUAUCCGUGGCAAUGAGGCAUUGAAAAAGGAGAAACUAAAGCAUGAAUACGAUGCACUGAUGGCAGACCUCAGUCUGCAGCAACGACUUGAUCGCAGACGUCGACAAGGUGUGGUGGCAAAACUACCUAAACAGGUGUUUCUACCACCAGACCGGCGCAUGGAAGAAAAGGAAGACAAGCAGUUAGAGAUGGAACGUGCCUUUGAGGAUAUGUACAUGCAACAGAUGAAUAUGAGUGGAGACAUGUCGCUGACGUUAGACCCAGUACCUCUGUCCUCACUGGGUGAAGAUUCAACCUCCGCCACCGAAAAUUCACCUGUCAUCGUACCAAGCCUUCCUCGUCUCAACCCUGCUCUGAAGGAGCUUACUAAUGUCUCACGCAGUCAAAGGCAGGGAAGCCAAGAGGGAAAGCCAGAGACAACACUGAAGAGGCUUCUCAAUAAGAUCAAGGAACAGCGUAGUGAGGCAGAGGAGAGUCGUGUGCAGCCGGCAUCCUGUGACCUGGAACGUGCUGGUAGGAAGCCUCAAGAAGACAAACACAGAUCUAGAUUUCAGCAUACAGCCUUUGGCCACAGCCACUUUCCUCCCAGUCAUUCUGUAACGAGACCUGACCCGCAGCUUGACCUUUCACCUCUCAAAAGUCCAAGUAACGAGAAGCCACAGAAGCAAAAGGACCCGCUGUGCAAAUCAAGAGAUGUGCUGCUACAACAGCCAUCAUCACCAGCACCUAUGAAACCUGAUGGUGAUGCUGGAGAUGGCUUUCUGGCAGGACUGAAGGAAAGACUGCAGACACUGGAGGCUCAGAAGGAUUACUUGGAUAAAAAGAUGAAAGAUCAACACAAGGAGAAGCAGUGCCGUGAAAAUACAGUGUCAGUUGCAACUACAAUCUCAUCAGCACCCCAGCAUCAUCAAGCCACAGUUGUCAGCCAGCCUUUAAUCUCUGACCAGAUAGCUUUAUCUCAGACAAUGCCCGAUAAAUCUCAAGGCCAGCCUCAAUUUAGCACCUUGGGCAAUGGAGGUAAACCUCAUUCUGAUCCUCAGAUUCUCUCAAAACCAGUCCCAGAAACUGAACCAGCAAGGGAGACAGCAGGGGCCAAUGUAGAUCACCUGCCAUUUGCUAGCAGAUUUGGAUUGGGAUCUUCUAUCUCUCAGAACCAGAGUUUAUCCAAUCUUUAUUUUGGUGCUAGGCAUACUCUGUUAACAGGAGCUGGGUUUGGCCACCCAGUGGUGGGUUUGCAGCCAGCCCCUGCUAGAUUUCCAACAAGCAUCAACUUUUCAUCUGUUGUAGGACAGACACCAUUUGGACCAAGCUAUUCAUCUGCUGCUCCUGUAGGUCAAAUUCAGACCCUGUCAUCAAGUGGUUCUGUAGGUCAAAACCAAGGUCAGUCAGCAGAUAACCUUCUGAAUGCAAUGGCUGGCUCUGUGUCAGCCCCUACUGUUGGCGUAUCUGCUGCAAGACCAGCAGUAGUAACAUCCAUGGGAUCUCUGACUGAGUUCCAGCCCUAUUCAGCUUCUUUGACAUCUCACUUCACAGGGAGGACACACCAGUCUAUCACCACAAAUGCUUCUUCAAGCGCUGUGCCUACAGUUCCAGUUUUUUCAAAGCUGACUGGCAGAACAUACCAGCCACUUGCUACAUCCCUGUCAUCUGCUCAGUACCCAGGAAGACAGACAGCCUGCCAUGCAGGCGGAGAUGGUAACAUAAACAUAGCAAGCUUAUCAGGAUCAUUGCCACGUGAGAGACUUGCAACCAGGUCUGAAACACUGGUCGGAGCUUUAGGAAGUCAGCUUGGAUCAGGAGUCAGUGAGCAGGAGGGCAUUCAAAGCAUACGGGAGUAUCAGCGCCAGCUGGCCGAGAAACAUGCAGAGCGGAUGAGGUCGCUGACAGAGAUGCGAAUGAGGAUUGAGAGUGGACAGAUUGGUAGGGUCGAGAGCAAGACCCUUUCCCUCUCGGAAUCAGCGUCAGGUCUGAGGCAGCUUCCAGAUCCUGCUGUUUUGGCUCCUUACACCUUGCAUACAUCCAGUGAACAGCCCUCAAGAUUAUCUGACUCUGCCAUUAAACCAGCUGAUGCCGUAAAACCAUCCACAACUUGCUGGUUUCACAAACUCUUCAAGAGCUUCAUCAUGCUACAAGCUCUAUCCAAGGAGCUCUAAUGAGCUCAAAUGCUGCAAGGGCUUACAGCCUUGGGAUCAGUAUAGAGGGGAUGCAUUUUUUAGCACAGCUACAGUUGGUAGUCUCCCUUCUGCAAGCAAGUUGGACAGUAUACGCAGGUCACUUCCUUUUGAAAACGCUGAUGAAAGCCAGCUGAAGGAUGAUGCUGAGUGUGCAGGAGGCGCAUCCAUGGCUGACGACUCCCACCUAUCCUCAUCCACGGAGCGUGGCAGUCCAGCUCUUGCCAGUCAUUCUAAGUCUGUGGGAUCACAAUCAGUAGACUCUGAUGGAUCCAUUGGAGCAUCAUCUCUCAUUGCACGUGCAGAGGAAAAACGGCUGAACUUUGAACACCGCAGAGAGGAGCUGCAAAAGCAGCUGGAGGAGAUACAGCGCAAGAAGGAUGAGCUCCUUCAGCAUUACCGUAGCAGGCAGCUGCAGGUGUCAUUUCAGGAGACAGAUCUGCGUGGGAAGCUGCAUGCUGCACACACCAUCUGCAGUGUCACUGUAGCCACCAACACCAGUUCAAGCAUUAGCUUCAUCAGAAGAUGCUACAACAUACUUCUCACACAUGACUGCUGGUAAAGCUUUGCCCUCAGCUUUGGAUACAAAUCAGACCAGCACAUCUAGUCCAUCAAUGGAGUUAGAGGAACAGUCUUUCUCUUCCAGAGGCAGUGGCAUUCGCAGCUGGGCCAACAUACUAGAGGAUUUUUCAUCACAAAACAUAAAUCAAGGUAUUUCCAAGAGUUCCAGCAGCAUGACUUUAGAAGAACUUAGUUUCACUUCCAGUGACAUGCCAAGAAGACCAGGAGAAAAUGGGCUAUCCAAUUCUAGCACAAGUGUCCCUCAAGAACAAUCAGUUGUUAAUGGUAAUGGAGGAAUGUCGAUGGGCUCAGCAUCCUAGAAGAAGAGCAUCUCUCUACUCAAAGCAGCCUUGAAAACCUUGCAACCCUGCCACAUUUAUCUUCCCAGAAUUACUCCAGUUUUCUCCCAAAACAGCAGCAAAACUCUGGCCCCGUGGAAGCUGGCACAGCUGCUCAACCAUGGUUGGAGCUCUUGAAAUCUGCCUCAUCUGUGACAGAUGACCUCACUACUGCACGCUUACCCCCACCUACCUCACAGUCUGCAGCUCUGCCCAUCAUUGACUACCAGCCCCAUGAGCUAAGCACCAUCAUUGAAGUGGACACGCCACAGACAGGGAACAAGACAGUCCCUGUGGUCGGAGCAAACCCAUCUCUGCCACUAGCUGCAGGAGGGACUGCUGGCUUUUGUGGACCCACUGGAGGAGGUGGUGCACGCAGGUGCAUUGAUUUUAGCAAGCACAGUUUAGCAGGGGAAGACCAAAAACCCCCUGAAUCCAGAUUCUCAGCCAGUGGUGGCAGUGGGUCCUCCGGUAGCUCGGGCAAACACACUGUCAUUGAGGUAGUUCACCACAUCCCUCUCCCAGGCUCCAAUCUGCUUAUUGACUUAGGAGGACCUUUGGCUUGACACAGACACGUUCCAAAGAGAAUCAUGGAAAGCAGAAGAAUUUAC